AGCUAGCCUCUCUCUAAGACUCUUCGUCUGUCGACUUUCCCCAGCAGUGCCCUUGAUCUCUCUAUUCCUGGAGUCUUUGCCCAUGCCGUCUCAUCUCAUCUCUCUCUUGAUCUUGCCGACACCAUCUCCUGUCCUCCUCUCUUGAUCUAGCUGGUUGGGGCCUCGCCUUUGUUGGUCGGCCGUGGAUCAGCCCACUAUUAGCCAGGAUUAAAAUCUUCUCAACCCCAUAGAGAAAGAGAGAUAGAGAGAACAAAUAUGGCAGAAGCUGUCAUCAGCAUUGGUGGAAGCGUCCUUGCCAAUCUGAUUACUCAAGCACUGGGAAAGGUUGGAAAUUUAGGGGGCAUCAAGCGUGAACUUCAGGUGCUCGAGAGCACCGUCACCAUGCUUCAGGCUCUGCUGGACGAUGCAGAAGAGCAACAACACCAGAGUUCCCAAAUCAAAGAUUGGGUGGAGAAACUAAAAGAGGUUUUCUAUGAUUUGCAGGACGUGCUUGAAGAAUUUAAUAUAGAAGCUAUGCGACGAGAACUGAAGGGCAACAAUCAAAUGAUCAAGGUGGUAAGGACACUUUCUUCAAGUUUAAACCAGCUUGCUUUUGAACUGAAGAUGAGUAGAAAAAUAACAGAAGUGAGGGAGAGAUUGGUAGUUAUUAAAGAUGAAAAGGAUUUCCAGUUAGACAAGGGACCUAGAGGGUGGAGGAAGAGUGAGGAGACGCAUUCGUUUAUGCGUGAGGAAGACAUUAUUGGAAGAGAUAAUGAGAAAAAGAAUGUUAUGAAAUUCUUACUGAAUUUGGAUGUGAAAGAGAAUAUUUUUAUCCUUCAAAUACUUGGUAUUGGUGGGCUUGGAAAAACAGCUCUUGCUAAAUUUGUAUAUAAUGAUGAGAUGAUCAGUAGACAUUUUGACUUGAAAAUGUGGGUUUGUGUCUCUAAUGACCUUGACAUGAAAAAAAUAGUGAAAAAUAUCAUAGUUUGUGUGGAGAAGAAAGAACCAAACUACAGUCAGAUGGAUGGGUUGCAAAGUGAAUUGAGGAAAAUAAUUGAUGGAAGGAGAUAUCUCUUAGUUUUGGAUGAUUUGUGGGAUGCAAAAUCAGAAACAUGGCCAAACUUGAAAUCAUUAUUGAUGGGAGGUGCUAGAGGAAGCAAGAUCCUUAUAACUACACGCCUUCCUUUGGUUGCAAAGAUCACCUCCCCUACUCCGCCUCUUCUUCUUGAGGGCUUGUCUGAAAGUGAUUCUCUUGAUUUGUUAAUGCGAAUGGCUGGUCGAGAAGGGAGCAUACAAGAUCCUGACAUGCUAGCUAUUGGUAAAGAGAUAGUUAGAAAUUGUUUUGGGGUUCCAUUGGUUAUUCGAACUAGUGGGAGGUUACUAUUCCUUAAGCAAACUAAAGAUGAGUGGUUACGUUUCAAAGAUCAUGAGCUCCCAAAAAUGUCUCAAACGGAAGAGCACAUAAUAUCUGUUCUUAAGCUAAGUUAUGACCGUCUUCCUUCACAUUUGAAACGAUGUUUUGCCUUUUGUUCAUUGUUUCCCAAAGAUUUUGUAAUAGAGAAGCAUACUUUAGUCAGUCUUUGGAUGGCAGAAGGAUUUAUCCAGCCAUCAAAUUCAAGUAAGCAUUUAGAAGACAUUGCUCAUGAAUAUUUCAUGGAUCUACUUUGGAGUAACUUCUUCCAAGAUUUUAAAAUAAACCCAUACACGAAGGAGGAAACUUGCAAGAUGCAUGAUUUGAUGCAUGAUCUAGCCUGCAAUGUUGCAGGGAAUAGGUGUCGGGUGGCAAGGGAUGACACAAAUAUCAUAAAUGAAAGAACUCGUCAUAUAUCCUAUGGUUCGACUUUCAAUUUGAUGGAUGAACUUCCAAUCUUACGCUUGAAAGCAAGUGCACUAAGAACAAUUCUAUCUACUACUACAUAUUGGGAAGAAAGACAACAAAGAGAACCAACAAGUGAAGUGGAUCUAGGCCAAUUAAUUCAAAAUUUCAAGAGGUUGCGCAUCUUGGAUCUGCAUGCCACAAAGGUCGAGAAGGUGCCAAGGUCCAUUUGUGAGUUGAAGUAUCUCACAUAUCUCGAUCUCUCUUACAACCAAACACUCAGAAGGCUUCCUAACUCCAUUACGAAAUUGCAGAGCUUGCAAACACUUAAUCUUAGAAAUUGUGAUGCCCUUGAAGAGUUGCCAAGUGAUCUAAAGAAGUUAGUUUGCCUUCGGAAUCUAGACAUACGUCAUUGUUUUAAACUUAGUUAUUUGCCACGUGGAAUAGGGGAAAUCAGUUCUUUGCAUAGGCUAACGAACUUCAUUUUACCCAAAGAUAAAGCUCGUGCUAAGAAUUAUUGCGGACUUGGGGAGCUAAAGGGGCUUAAUAAUAUCCAGGGACAACUUUCAAUUGAAAAUUUGGGAUACAUAACAAAUGCGGAAGCCAAAUGCGAGGAUGAGAUAUUGAUGGGAAGCAUUCUCUGGAAUUUUGGUACUUAG